AUGUCACACCAUCCGUCAUAUACAAUGGCUGCGAUCUGUACAACGGGGGGCAUUCUUGGUUAUGCAAAAGCCCGAUCAGUUCCUUCGAUUAUAGCAGGAGUUGGUAUUGGAGCGGCCUAUGCUAUAUCCGGAUACUGUAUUAAGGAAGGAAAGGAUUAUGGUCAGGGAGGAGCCUUAGCAACAUCCAUCGUCUUGGCUGGUUCAAUGUUACCUCGCGCCAUUAAAGGCGGCAGUAAGCCUAUUCCCUGGACAUUAAGUAUACUAUCUAUAGGAACAGGCUUAUAUUACGCUAAAAAGAUCUACGAGUAUAAGCAUGGCGUAUGA